AUGCGCCUCGUAGCCGGCGCCGAGCAUGCGACGGUCUCGACUCUACGCGACGACCUGCCCAUCGCCAGGAAGGCGUCGCUGCAACGGUUCGCCUGUGGUGCCUGCGAUGGAGGGGAUGGCGAGCUCUCCUUCCCGCUGAUGAAGCCGGUGGAGAUCAUGGAGGUGCUGCACAACUACGUCAUCGCGCCCGACUCCCGUCUUCACGCCAAGGACAUCGUCAACCCACAACACGGCUUCGUCGUUGAGGUACUCGCCCUCUUCCUAUCUAAUGUGGUCAGAAAAUUAGUGGACCAAAUAAACACUGAUUGCAUUUUUCUUCAUUUCAUGCUACCAUUGUCUUUCCAGGGAGCAACAAUUGUGGACCAAAUUAUGAACAUAACCCCUGCUGAAGAUUACAUCUACAUCCCUGUUACUGAACAACAACUUAUGGUCCAUGAGGUGACAAGUAGAAGUUCAGCUUCUACUGCAGAAUUGGAGUACUCCUCAGAGGCCAAUGUCAGUCCCAAUAGCCGUGUCUAUGUGAGCAAGGCCCAUGAUGUCAUGACAAAUGUGAUUGCAAAGGGUUCAGCAAUGAGACAAGACGCAGUGAACAAGGCUAAAGCAUUUGAUGAGAAGCAUCAAUUUAGGGCUAAUGCAUCAGCGAGGAUCAAUUCCUUCGAUAAACGUGUUGGCCUUUCGGAGAAGAUAAACAAUGGGAUAUCCAUUGUCAAUGAAAGGGUGAAAUCAGUAGACCAAAUAUUGCAUGUUUCUGAUAAAACAAUGGCUGCAUUGAUGGCUGCAGAGCGCAAGCUAAAUGAUACAGGCUCUGCUGUGAAAACCAACAGGUAUGUGUCUGCUGGAACAAGCUGGCUGAAUGGUGCUUUUAGCAAGGUCGCCAAGGCUGGUCAUGUUGCUGGCUCAAGAACCAGAGAAAAGUUCCAGUUGGCUGUGUCAAAUCUAACAGCCAAAGGCCCUGUUGUUGUUGCCUGAGGGGGGAUGCUGGUUAAGGAAGCUCUCUUUCUGAGGAAAAUCUAUUGGAAGUCCCUAUGCAAAAGCAUUUCCUUUGAUUGUGUGGACAGUGUGGAAAAUAACUGUGUUUCAGUGUUAUCUUGUCCGCCUUUCCUUAGUUGCAGGCUAUUCGGUGAUUCUUUUGAGGUUUGGUGUAUAGAUGCGUUCAGUUUUUGGUAUUUUAGAACCCCAUUCUUUUAGUGUUGAAGUUAAA